GGCCCGGAGGGCUGCGCGGCGCGGCGGGGCGCGGGGCGCGGGCUCUCGCUCGCCAUGAGCCACCUCUUGGGCGCCCGGCUGCCGGCGCUGGCCGCGUCGUCGCCCCUGCUCUACCUGUACGGCCCCGAGCGGGCCGGGCUGCCCCUGGCCUUCGCGCCCGCGGCGGCCCCGGGCCGGGCGGAGCCCCCGCAGAAGCCGCCCUACAGCUACAUCGCGCUCAUCGCCAUGGCGAUCCAGGACGCGCCCGGGCAGCGGGUCACGCUGAACGGCAUCUACCAGUUCAUCAUGGACCGCUUCCCCUUCUACCACGACAACCGGCAGGGCUGGCAGAACAGCAUCCGCCACAACCUCUCGCUCAACGAGUGCUUCGUCAAGGUGCCGCGCGAGAAGGGCCGGCCGGGCAAGGGCAGCUACUGGACGCUCGACCCGCGCUGCGCCGACAUGUUCGAGAACGGCAACUACCGGCGCCGGAAGAGGAAGCCCCGGCCGGGCCCCGGGGCCCCGGAGGCCAAGCGGCUCCGCGCCGAGCCGCCCGAGCGCGCGCCGGGUGCGGAGGAGGAGGAGGAGGGGGCGCCGCGGGCGGCGGCGGGCGGCACCGCGGGGCUCCCGGGCCCCGCCGCCCCCAGGCACGACUGCGCGGCGGCGGCGGCGCGCCCCCGGCCCCUCCCGGGAGGCCCCGCCCGCCCGACGCCCCUCCGCUGGCCGGGCCCCGAGCCUGGGGCGGAGGGUGCGGGCGACGCCGGGCCCGGUGCGGCGGCCGGGGAGAUCCACCCGCCCGCGCGUCCGGCCGCUGGCCCGACGUCCCCCUCCCGCCCCGACUCCCGCAGCGCCCCCAAGGGCUGCGACAAGUCCACGAGCUUCAGCAUCGACAGCAUCCUGUCCGGGAGGCAGCGCCCGAAGCCGGCGGGACGCGUGGACGGCCCGGAGGGCGCCAAGCCCGCAUCGGCGGGCGCGCCGGGUGCCGCCUCGCUCCUGGCCGCCGGCGCCGGCCUCCCGCCGCCCUUCAACGCCUCCCUGAUGCUCGACCCGCACGUGCAGGGCGGCUUCUACCAGCUGGGGAUCCCGUUCCUCUCCUACUUCCCGCUGCAAAUCCCCAGCGCCCUGCUGCAUUUCCAGUGAAGCCCGAGCCAGCGGCCGCUGGGCUCCGUC